AUGGACCCAUUAGUUGAAAACUUGUUGAAAACUUCUCUGGAUGACGAAGAUCCAACAAGGUCACCGCAUCUUUCAGACCAUUCAGACAUUUCCGAUGACGAUUCUUCCAAGAUAGAUAACGACUUUGAUGAUUCUUCUAAAUCUUUCUCCUUGUUGCAACAUGGUGGUCGACAAACAGGUCCAAAAGGAGUUUUGGCUGAUCAUGAAUAUCAUAAACAAUAUACAAAACAACAAAAGGCUGCUUCAAUAGCUGCAUAUAAUGAACGCAUGUCGUCAAAAGCUUUAACAACUACAACAUAUCGUGAAGAUGAAUUAAAUAAAUCACUAGAGGAAGAUUUAAAAGAUUUAGAAAAUAUUAGUUCUGAUGAAGAAGAAAAAGAAGCACUAAAAAAGUACCGAGAGCAAAGAUUAAGAGAAAUUAAGGAAAAUCAAAAGUUAAAUAGAAAAAGAUAUGGAGCUCUAAGAGAAAUAUCUUCAAAUCAAUAUGUUAAGGCUAUAGACGAUGAGGCACCGGACGUUUGUGUAAUCAUACAUUUAUAUGAAAAUUCGAUUCCCCAAUGUAAACUCUUAAAUGAAUGUUUGACUCGUCUAGCUAGAAAAUUUGUCCAUUCAAAAUUCCUACGAAUUCUGGCUCAUGAUUUAGAUUUUGAUCCAAUUGGUCUUCCAGCUUUAUUAGUUUAUAAAAAUGGAAAACUAAUUGCAAACCUAGUCAAGAUUACUGACGAAAUUGGUGAAGUUAAUUUUAAUUCUGAUAAUAUUGAAGAAAUUUUAUUAAGGCAUGGUGCAUUGAAUGUAACUGAAAGUAUCGGCGAAUAA